ACCCAAAAAGGCGUGCCUCAUGCCGCACCCACCCUAUCCCGCUAUUAAAAUCUCACCGGUCUCUCUCCUCGCCGGCAAUCCUCCUCCUUCCUUCCUCCCAUCGCCGCUCCUCCCCAAUCCUCCUGCAUCCUCUCAUCCCUUCGCCGUUCCCAAGUCCCAAUCUUUUCCUUCUCGGCCCUCGCCGCCGGCCAGCCAACAUGAUGCACAUGACCUUCUACUGGGGCAAGUCGGCCACGAUCCUCUUCGACGGCUGGCGCACCUCCACGUGGUUCGACUACCUCCUCUCCCUCGCGGCCCUGCUCCUCGCCGCCGCCUUCUACCAGUACCUCGAGGCCCUGCGAGUCCGCGUGAAGCUCGCCGCGGAAGGAGGAGGAGGAGGCGGCGCCGCCGCUAAGGCUAAGCCAGCCUCCUCCAUCCCGCCACCCGCCAGCGACGACCCGCGGGCGCCACUCCUCGUGGCCGUCGCCGGGCGCCGCUGGCCGGCGCGUGUGGCCGUGGCCGCCAUGGUCGGGGUCAACUCCGGCCUCGGCUACCUGCUCAUGCUCGCCGUCAUGUCGUUCAACGGCGGCGUGUUCAUCGCCGUCGUCGUGGGCCUCGCGCUCGGCUACCUCGCGUUCCGCAGCAGCGACGGCGAGGAUCUCGUCGUCGUCGACAACCCCUGCGCCUGCGCCUAAGGGUAUGUAUGGGGUCGCCGGAUUUGCCUUGUCCCCAGGUUUGCUGCCUUCCUUGUUGCUGCUGCUGUUGUAUAGCACAGGUAUCAUUUCAUAAUAAAAAUCAUGUACAGAUCCAAUUGUGCGUUUGGAGGAUUUGCAGAAGUGUUGUUUGGGGGACAUUGUUGUAGGGUAAAGAAUCAGAAAUAUUGUAUCUAUUGUCUUAUUCCGAUCCAUUAGAUGGAUCUUAAGCAGUCACUUAACUGAUUGACUUCAUUUGAGAUCAAAUUUGACAACUUCUAGAAUGGACAUUUGUUUGCUUUGCUACUAAUCCAAGAAACGGAAAGAUCAACUGCAUGAAGCAUAGCCACCACACCUGUUGGAAGAAUUUGAAGCUAGCUAGCUUAGAUCUAAUCACUGGAAAGUGAAGGCUUGUCCUCUAUGUAUUGUACUCCGUAGCUAUAUGUCAUCUGAUCACUGGAAAGUGAAGGCUUGUCCUCUAUGAAUUGUACUGUGUAGCUAUAUGUCCCUACGACUGUGAGUGCAAGAUGUACAGGGUAAUGGAUGGGGAAACCAUUGUUACUGUUUGUUGUAAAAGUGUACUAUCUAGUUCUUAAAGAGAGCAGAUUGAUAUGAACCAGACUUAUUUACAAACCGCAGUAAAAGAUUUAGGUUGUAUCA